AUGGACAUUCAAGCACAUUUACUCUCCUGGGUUAUUUUGUCUUUUCUUUCAGGCGAGACCAGCGCGAACCUGAAAUGCUGCAGCACGGGAGGAACUGUUUAUCUGCACAUACAGAACACGAGCCGAAAACCCGGGGAUAUAAGAUGGAAACAUGAAAACAACAACAAAUUUGAAAAUAAAUCUACACCCUCAAUUGAAGUUUUCCAAAACUGGACACUUAAAAUUAGCAACAUCCAUAAGAACUGGAGUGGUGACAUUACUGCAUACGGCUAUGAUUCGGAUGGGAGGCAUCUGCUGACAGAGACACAUCAUUUAGUGGUGCUGGGUCACCCUGUGGUUGAAUUCCUCACUUGUGCUCAUGGCACAUCUGAGUUUUACUGUGCUGAUGACAAUGGGGAUGAUACUCUGUACACAUGGACUGUCAGAGAUGAUGUCCUGGGUGAGGAGAAGGUAUUCAGUAACAGCAGUAAACACAUUUCUGUGGAGGUGCUUUCAGGAAGCGUCCACUGCACUGUGGAAACGAAGAGCUGCAGUGCACAGAGCAAACCUCUCUCCUUUUACUGCACCAGAAAAAGCUGGUGUGUCGAUACCCUGAUCGGCGUCUCUGUCUUGCUGCUGUGCCUGAUUGUGGCUGGGAUUUCAUUCUUCAUUCUAAGAAGGCACAAAAAACACAUCUUAAAUUCCAGUUCAGAAGAUUCCAGUGUCUCACCAAGACCAGUUAAUGAAGACAUUGUUUACAGUGAAGUCAGGGUGGUAAAGCAGUGCAGAUAAUUUAUACUUUGAUAAUAUUGUUGUAGUACAAUCUUGUACAUGUACUCCUUUAUAUGUACUGUAGGUUAUUGGCUAGAAUAGGGUUUGUGGGAUCUUUUAACAUUGCCCUAAUCUUUACUUUUUUUUCCUUAUUUUUAGUACCAUUUUUGAUAUUAUUUCUUUCUCUAUGUGUUCCUCUCUCACUCUCUUACUUAAAAACACCAAAAAUAGAUAAUGGUUAAUGGAUGAUUUACAUUAUGGUAAACUAUAAAAACAGUACAAUAUUGAUGUUUUUCUUCAAAGACCUACAUGACUUAUAUAAUUAUUUUAAUGCAGAAAUGACUGAACGAGGAGAAAGUAGUUUAAAAAUGUUUACUGAGUAUCUUAAAGAGGACCUGAUCCAUGUACUGGAAAUGCAAAAUAAGGGUUAGUGCAUGAGAGGGCAUGCAUUAUAUGUUUUUAAAUGCAGGGUUGCAUUGGUUGCCUCUGGAGAGAGCAUUUAAAAAAUCUAUAAUGCAUGGACUUACUACCCAUUUGCCUUACUCGUUUGUACUUGAAUAUUUUCAUGUUCAGGAACUGAAAACAUAUGUGUUAUUUUAACUACUACUUAAUGUAGGCUUUGGUGGUACAGUAUUUACUUUCGGUGAAGCUGUACAUUGGGAUCCUCCCCGCAGCCGCUCCACAAAUCUUAUCGCCACAAUUUCAAAAUUCUGGAAUAACGUUGCUAAGGAUAAGGAUAUAGCAGGCAAAAGAAAAAAACAUAUACGCACAUACAUGUACACACAUACAGAAAUGUAUGCAUAUACAUAUAUACAGUAAAAUCCAGUUAUAGUGGACUCGCUUAUAACAGAAUAAUGUCUAUAACUGAUGAGGUCCACUGGUCCUGGCUGUGCGCCUUUACAAACUUGCAGAAAAAGCAUCGGAUAUAACGGACUCUCAUAUAAUGGAAUUUCACUUAUGAUGGACAAACAAUUUGGUCCCCAGGGCCGCUUUUGGCUGUAGUUUU